UCGGAUAGUACAUUUCAUUAAAGGGAACGCUUUUUGGCAGUAACUGUUGAAUAAUUUGUCCCUAAGCGUUGGUGCACACUUGCAAAUGAUUCACGCGGCUGUUGAUUCACAUUCACUAACGAUUCACACUACUGCCAGUCAUUUAUGGGUGAGUCUUUGUAAAUUACUGGACAGCAUGAAUCCCCCAUGUUACAUCUAUUGCAUACUGACUACUACAUAUAAAAUAUAGAAUUAAGGCGCAAUAGUGUAAUGAAAACAAUGCGAUGGGCGAACGGCCAUGUAUACUGUAGGUGUGCAACGUAGUUAAAAACUAUCUGUACGGUGUUGUUAUAAACCAUUUAAUUCAUCUAGACCCAAAUACAAGAGCAUCUCAAAAUACUGCGUCAUUUCAUUUUACUUGUCUUUUAUACAUCAAAUAAUAUCACGCAUUUCGUUAACGAUUGCUCUCCUACAAACUAGUGCCGUUACAUUACUUCCAUUGCGGCGCUGCAUUAUAUGCUGCAAAGCUUCCAGUCUUUCUUAGAAGUCUCAGCAGACAUGCACCACCGUUGCUGGAGCUGUGCAUCGCAUCUGUCUGCACCACAGCGUCAGUCCGUCUCGGCAAGGGCGAUGCUGCGCUCCAGCGCUCGCUGUCUCCGCGUGGUGUCGGGCCACCUCGCCCACCGCAGUCGCUUCAUCGCCGCGGCAGAAGGCUCCUCCUUAUGCCGGGUGCAGCGGCCGGGACGCUUCGACGGCUCUGCCGACGAGAGGAGGAGGGCGCCGAUGUGUCUGGGCCGCGUCUCCUGCCUCGUGGGGCCACGUGGGACCCCGUGCGCCACGGCCACCAGGACCCUGCAUUUGUCGUCACGGCGGUCGGCGCCCCCGGCACUCCUGUGGCUCCUCACCAAGCCCCUGCAGAAGCUGGUGGCCAUGAUCCUGGGCAGGAGCCUCCGCAAGUGGUGGCAGGGCCUCCCGCAAGACAAGCGCGCCCUGCUGCGGGAGUGGGCGUCGCGAAACCGCGGGCGGAUCGCGAUGGUGGUGCUAGGCAUUGGGGGCCUCUCUGUGGCAUUCUACGUGACGCACCUGGACGAGACACCGCUGACGGGGCGCCGGCGUCUGCUAAUCUUCAGCUCCGAGCAGUUGACCUGGCUGUCCGAGAUGGAGUACAACGAGACAAUGGAAGAGUACAAGGACAACAUUCUGCCCAAGAGCCACGCGGCUCACAGGGCGGUGGCGCUCGCCGUGCAGCAACUGGUGGAGAGGAACCAGGACGUGGCCCAGGUGGCGAGCACGCCCUGGACCGUCAGCGUGGUGGACCUGCCCAAAGCCAACGCCUACGUGCUGCCCAAUGGCCAGAUCUUUGUGUUCACGGGCAUGCUGGAGAAAGUGGCUAACGCGGACCAGCUGGGCAUCGUGCUGGGCCACGAGAUGGCCCACGCCGUCCUGGGACACGCGGCGGAGAAAGCGAGCUUCCUGCACUUCAUAGACGUUUUCUCUCUGGUUUUUAUCACGAUAAUUUGGGCCGUGCUGCCGAGAGACUGGCUCUCAGCUCUGGGGCACUGGGCUCACAGCCAGGCAAUGCAGCUGCUGCUGGACAUGCCCUACAGCCGCCAGCUGGAGAGGGAGGCCGACGAGGUGGGGCUCAAGCUCGCCGCCAAGUUCAGGCCUGCUUUGACGUCCGGGCCAGUGUUGCAUUCUGGGAACAGAUGCACACGUCGGAGGAGGAGGGUGUCACGCUGCCCGAGUGGCUGUCGACGCACCCCUCGCACGAGCAGCGGGCGGCUCACCUCCAGCGCCUGCUGCCCCAAGCGAUCAAGCUGCGCGAGGCGUGCAAUUGCCCGGCACUCGCCAGCCUCGACCCGCGUCUCAUGCUCCGGAUCCUCAAGGCGGCCAUCACAAGCCCGGGUGGCCGCCAAGCGCUGGCGCCCUCCCUGGCUGCCGUGCCCAUCCUCCCGGUCGGCGUGGCAACCGUCGCGGAGAAACCAUCGCCGGGCGGAGAUCGCAUAACGUCGCGCCGUGGAACCGGCCCGGAGGGACAGUGAUGCACGACGUACGGAGUGGACAAGAGGGAUCACCGCACAACCCACCCACCUCCUGUACGGUUGAGGACUAAUACUUGACCAUGCUUGUGGGUUCAGUGCAAGCAAGCCAAGUGGUUGCAGUGCUUGGGGCUGGUUUACAUAUCACCCCUGCCACUGAUGUCAGCCGUGGCCGGGAUUGAACUCGGCUCGCUGGGUUGGUGACGUAGUGUGCAAUCCACCCCAACACAGCUCCCUCUUCUCCUCUGCCGUGUGUCGGUGCUUUGCCCCAGAGACAAUUUUAAGGAACGUGAAGAUGUUUCAAUGGUGCGCAGUCAAAUGCACUCGCGUGUCGGUAUUUCUUGAAAACCAAAAACAGAAAAUCAGAUAACCGGGAAAAUCGUGAUGCUGGUUAAGCAAUAUUUAUUUGAACUAUUUUCGUAAAUGUCUCGUAGAUGUCACGGGAAAAAUAGGAAUAGGAGUUUUUUCUAAACGUCUUGAGUGUGCGGUCAAAAAUGGGAAAUUAAGGUUUGUUGUGGUGUGGGUUUUUAGCCACAAUUUUUUUAAGUUAAUAAAAAAGCCCAGAAUUAUUAUUUUUUUACAAAUGUUGCCUAAGGUUCCAGGAUUUACUUGUUUUUUUUUCUCUUGUUCUUUGUUUUCUUCUUGUCCGCUGCUGGCAUCUUGGCUGUACCCGUCUUGGGCCUUGCACCAGCAUUCUGUGCAGCCCUGCACGCACAAACAACCCCGUCAUGAGUGCCUUCUUUGACUCAAAGACAAAUAUACAAUGCAACACUUGAGAGGUGGCUGGGGGUGCAUCGUAAAUAAGGCAGUGCACGUGUGAAAAGGCUCGUACGAUGUCUACAUGCGUGUAACGCUUCACACGUAACCUACAUACGUGUGCAAGGUGUGCCAUUAUGAACUUUUCUAUGCCAUUAGGUAUUGAACGUGGCCACGGCCACACAGUGUCUGCGAUAGAAUGCUGCGUAGUAGAAAUGCGAGGUGGCCAAGUGGUUCAGGAAAAGAACUGGUCUGCCCCUGUCAGAAGCUGGCACCACUGACGUCCUAGUUUUAAAUCCAGUACUCCACAAUAUGCACGUCAGACGCAUCAGUGACCUAACUAAAAUAAUUCUAGAUUUGAAGUUUCCGUGACUGCAAGGAUUCAUACUCUUUGUUUUUUUCGGUAAAGUCACGUAGGUAUAAAAUUAAAUGAAAAAACUAAAUUAAAUCACGACGUUGCCUCCGAAACGUCGUGAUUUAAUUGUUUUUUCAUUAUUAUUUUUUACCUACGUAGCUUUACCGAAAAAACCAAAGUGUAUUAACGAAAAUAAGUUGGCUUGGGUAGGAUACGUCGCGAGAUGGGAUGGCCGGUGGUGGGGACUAACAACGGAGUGGCAGCUAAAGGAGGGAUCGUGCCCCAGCGAACACCCAACAUGGAGACGGAGCUGUGGAAUCGGCACAUGUGCAGGUGCCAGAUGGAUUGUUGCAUUGCAGGAUCAUGAGGUGGCCUGGGGGAGGCCUUCAUCCGGCACUGGAUUUGAUCUUGGCUGAUGAUGAUUUCCACAAAAAAUAAAACCAUCGUCUUGGGUAGUGCUCUUAGUAGUCUUGCAUCAAAACAAAAUAAACAAUUGUGAUAAAGUUUAACUCUCCAGUGCUUAUUUGCCAGCUGAGCACGAGACCAACCAUUCAUCCACACAGCUGGGUUCAGUUUAGCAGGCACAAAGAUGGAACAUUUAAGAUUAUCUAGCAAACAGCUCAUUACACACAGUGACGUGGCUCUGCUGCUGCUAGGUUCAAGAAUGGAUACGUGCUUUGUCCAAUAGCAGCACAAUUGGGAAUUGAUUAUUAUUUGGAAAUUAUUAAAGUAAGCAAUGAUAACACUACACGCAACCUGAACAGAAUUAUCAAUUUUUUAUAGCAUCUAAAUGAGACAUCUCAGAAUCCUCUACAGGAACAGUAUGCAUAUGUACUUUACAGGAAGAGGCAGUCGGGAUUCCAGAGGAGGGUCUCGGAGUCUGGACUUGAACGGGGAAGUGGGGGUAGGAGUUGUAGACAGCACAGAUGGAGGGAGGGAAGGUGCUUUCUAGACUAUCGGGGGUGCGUGGUUGGAGCAGCUGUGGCGGACGAGUGAACUCCCACGUUACCUGCCCUGCGUUUUCGUCGUUGCUGGGUUCAGGAUGACCACCUCGUCCUCCUCGCUGUCAUCCGAGCCCAGACUCUUGUCCGCUGAAAAAAAUAUAGAGCAAUUUUAUAGAGAAAAAUAUCGUGCGUACGCGUGGAUUCUGUAACACUUUCCAACAUGUGUUCGUGGAAAUGGUCAUUCUUGCCUGGGUUUGAGUAUUGGACCAUACGAGUGUUACCGUGCCCCCCCCCCUCCGGCCCUUUUUGGAUUAAGGGAGGGAGCUGAUGAAUAAACGCUUUCAACCUUGGUUGUAAAGCGUAAAGUGAAGAUGACUUUGCCAAUUUGCACAUUACUAAAACCCGUACAGAUGAAAGAUUCUGCAGGAGGUGUAAACUACAUAUCGUUUCUCAAUGGAAUCUCACACGUGGUUAAAUAAAUGUGACUUGUUGUGAGCAAAGAGGUUUAUACUGUUGAAUAAAUAUUGCCUGAAGUGCG